AUGAACGACAGAGGCCGCUCUACCAUGGCUGUCAGCCACCCCGACCCACUGGAGCUCACCGAGGAUCAACUACUCGAUCUCACCCACCAAGCGCAGCAACGAUGCCCUACCGACGCGGCGGAUUUUGCUCGCCUGGAUGAAGACCCGUUCGCCGAACUCCGGGCGUAUGCUUACGCCACAGGCACCUCGAGCAAAGGGUUCUUGGGGGAGACAAACCAAGAGAUCAAAACUCCGAGCACGUACACCGAAGCCAUGAACUCACCACAACGCGAGCAGUGGAAGAGCGCUAUCGACACCGAGAUGGGCCGGCGCCAGGCGACAAGGAGAGGGACCCCACGACAGCGGGGACGAACUCACAAUCCUCCGAUCUACGUCGAUGACAUCCUCAUCACGGGCGGAAACAAGGAGAUCGUAAGCAGGAAAAAGAAGGAACUCAUGGACAGCUUCGAAAUGACAGACAUGGGAGAGGUCAAGCGCGUAAUCGGCAUCGAAGUGCAGCGGGACUACGAACAUGGCACACUAGCCAUAUCGCAAGGACCCUACGCGAGAGAUAUCCUACAGCGAUACGGAAUGAAACAACCCGGUCAGCACCCCCGGGCAUGGAGCAGAAAGAACUAUCAAUCGAGCAGCCACAAGACCAACUACUCGGACCCGACGACAAGCAGAGAUUCCAGGCCAUCGCCGGGAGUCUCCUUGCACCAAUUGACACGGGCAUGCGCAAACCCAGCACAGGUCCACAUGGCUGCGGUCAAGCACCUACUACGGUACCUACGCGGAACGCCGGACCUGCCGAUCGUGUCUACCACCGGAUACCUGUUUUUUCUAGGAGAGGGACUGAUCAGCUACGGAGCCAAGGCACAGAGUCUCGCAGCACAGAACACCGUGGAGGCCGAACUUCAAGCGCUGAGCUUCAGUGCUCGCGAGGCACUCUACAUCUCCAACUUCAUGACGGAAAUCGGAUUCAAGACCUUUCAAUCGGUACCCAUUAACAGCUACAGCACCGGAGCAUUGACUGUGGCCAGCAACGCGAUGUGCAGCUCUAGAACCAAGCACAUCGCGCUCCGGUCCUUCUUCAGGGAAUUCACGAAGGGGCACCGGAUCACUCUUCACCACCAACCUAGUGCCACGAUGUUGGCGGACAUCGCGNGUUCUUCUUCCUCAGGAACUCACGAAGGGGCACCGGAUCACUCUUCACCACCAACCUAGUGCCACGAUGUUGGCGGACAUCGCGAC